AUGGAUACCAUGUUGGAUAAGGAUCAGCAUGUUUACGAAACAAAUUUGGUACCUCGAACCGCCGAAGAGACACUCGAUUGCAAUGCUAAAUCUGACAUGCAAGGAACCAAUAUGUCACUAUCGCAAAGGGCGGCAAUAUUGAGAUCAAAAAUAGUCACUAGCGAAGCGGAUGGAAGAGUGCACAAGACGCGAGCAAGUAGCAAACAUCAAAUGGCCGCCUGCUGUUUUUGCAAGAAGAGACGGAAAAAAUGCGACGGUGGCUAUCCGACGUGUGGGGCUUGCAAGCUAAACAAUACUUUGUGCACUGUGAUCGAUGUUCCUACAGGCAGGGAGGUUACCAGGAACUACAUAGAAAGUCUGGAGGAUAAAAUAGAGUUCCUGAAAGAGCAGCUGGUGAUGAGCAAUGCGACUAAGAAAAGUGUACAGGAAAGCAGGGAAUCUGAGUCGUGCUCUAGUGAAAAUGAAGAUGGAGGUAAGGAAAGCGCACUUCCCAUAGAGGUUGGUUAUAUUACGCUUGCAGCUGCUGGAGAACCACGGUAUAUCGGUGCAAGCAGCGCAUAUUCAAUUGCACGAGCGAUUCACAGCACAAUUAAUUACUACCAGCAGCAAAAAUCGGAUUCCAAUAUCAAUGAUCUUGCCAACGUGGGGGAUUCUCAGCUCGUACCGGAGCUGCAAAUCACAGAAGCAACAUUUAGCAAGCCCGCCAUCAAUGAGAGUCGCCAGUUGUUGAAAGCCUAUCAUUAUGGUGUACAGUUUCAGUAUCCUUUCUUAGAUUGGCAAUGGGUGACAGAAUCCUUUGAUAAGGUCAUGAAGGAGAACUCAGAAGCAGACGAGCCGCUUUUCUUCACUUACAUGAUAUUUGCCAUUGGGAGCCAACUCUUAGAACACUCUGCCGGAAGCUACUCUGCUCAGAAUACUCGCGCUUAUUACGAUAAGGCAUUCAAUCAUAUUACACCCGUUGUUGAAGGUACCAGCAUUCGUGCCGUGCAAGCAUAUUUGCUCCUGAGCGUUUUCUCUCAAAAAAUGCCAUACGGAAGUUCUAUUUGGCAAACAACUGGAUUGGCACUAAGGCAUUCGGUAGCGCUUGGCCUUCACCGAAAACCCUACAACGGUAGAAUGAACGGGUCUCGACAUGAGGUAGAAUCCGUCCGAGACCUGAAAUGCCGCAUAUUUUGGUGUGCGUACAGUAUGGAGAGAAUUAAUGGUUUGGUUUUAGGCCGCCCCUUCGGUAUAGCAGACGUUGACAUCGACGUUCCUUUGCCACAAUCGGACGAAUACACUGCAGCAACUCAUGUUUUUAAACUAAGAAUGCUCCAGUCGAGCAUUUGUUCAUUCGUCUACAAGCCCCAAUUCUAUUCAGGGAGCUUAGAGGAUACCCAAGCUACGAGGCAUCAAAUUAUGUUAAAGCUGAAUGAAUGGAAAAUGACAUUUCCAUACAAAAUGGACGCGAAAACUACAUGGGAGACUAAAAACUGGUGUACCAUCUCCUACCACAACUCAGUUCUUCUUCUUCUGAGACCAGUUAUCUUAGAAGUUGCUGAAUUGAAGAAGAAGACCUCACCGACGACCGCGGAAUGGUUCACGGUUUUCGCGCAGUCUGCGUCUGCUAUAUGUUUGAAUUAUAAACAGCUACACGCUAAGCAAAAGCUAAGUUACACCUGGCUUGCAAUCCAGUGUGUAUUCGUGGCAGGCGUUAGCUUCCUCUAUUGUAUCUGGUUGGACUCGUCCUUAAAUUUCUUGAAGUGGAUCAGAAAAAGCACAAUUUAUGAUACCGUGUCCGCGUGUUCGAAUAUUCUUUACGUUCUCGCUGAGCGUUGGGAGGGCGCCAAGAUGUUUCGAAAUUCAUUCGAGCGCCUAUCAAAAGCUGUCUUGACGCACGUCGAGAGUUCUGUAGAUGAACAAAUGACCGGAAACGCUUUGGCGGUAGUGCCUCAGGACUCCACUAUGGGGUUUACACGAGAGAUGAAAACUAUGAUGCAUCAAAAUUAUCAAGAGAGCUUAAACUACGAGAUAGAGUUCACGCCUUUACCUGACCAUCGCGAACAGUCUGCGACCGAUGGUCUUUCCUUUACGAUACCCCCAAGUGAGUCUGGAAACUCAUCUCCCGUGGUGCCGAAUAUGGCCAGUCCAAGGGCUAUUGAUGUAGACACAGACUGCAACUCUAUCUGGGACUUUUUGAGCAGUACUGCUGACAACUUCAUCAAGGAUAUGUUCUGUGAUUUAGAGAAGGCUUUUGAUAAAUAA